AUGAGUUGAUGUUAUCAAAUUUUCUUCUUUCAGGUUCGCAUAAAGAAAGCCUCAUCGUUGCCAGAGUCAUUGUCGCAUUUCGUUUUCUGUCAAUACUCGUUCUUCAACCACUCUGAGAUGCUCGUCGUAGCUCCUGUUUUCAAUCCACCUCAAACAUCCGAAUCGCAGAUUCAGCAAACCACAUUCGUUUUCGAUCAUGAGAAGGAUUUCAAAGUUAUAGUGACUGAGGAAUUUUUGGAAUACGUCCAAGACGAUGCUUUGUCGAUUGAGGUUUGGGGACAUCGAAACGGUGGUGUUUUAGAAAUGGGUGAACCGAGACUCGAUGCAGAGGAAAAAAACAAAUCGUUGCAAGCUCGGUGGUCCGAGGUCUCACGGCGGCUUGAGUUAUGGACGGAGUUCCGAGAGUUGAACGAGGCCGGGCAAUGGGUACCAGUAGAGGUUCGGCAGCAAGAUGACGUGGCUACUGGUGGAGUUCACCAACUUAGACAGGGACAACAAAGACGUCUCGUAGUGGGUUUGUCUGUUCCUCAGCACGGUGCUGGUCUACCACUUGGAAUUGAUGCUAUCACUAGUGUCAGCAUUGGCUGUGUAUGCGUUUGUGCCUCUAGUGAUCAGGCACUGGAUAGUUACCAAGAGGAAGAUCUUGAAAGAAUUCGCGCCCAAUGGACACUUGCACUGAAGAGCCGACAAAAAUACCUUGAACAACAACUAGAUUCGCUCCCUACAAAAUCCAAUAAAUGCGAAGCCGAGCUCGAACGUGAGCACUCGCUUAUGGGGCAGUGGGUUUCACUAACAGAAGAACGCACAGCAGUGUCGAUUCCUGCACCCAACUCUGAUAUACCUGGUGCUCCAUGUGAUUGGCAAGCGAUUUUUUAUGAGGUACUUAAUUCAUGUGUCAUAAAUUCAGCGCGACUCCAUUCUAGGAUCCCCCCACCUGGUGUAGAAGAACACGUCCCGGUGUUGUUCUUGGACUUAAAUUCUGAUGAUGUGACUGGAGAUAUGACGAGUGAAGAGAUUUCUCCUAAGAUUGCGGGUUUAAAUUCAUUUUUGCCUAUGGAGCAGAAUGGUGGUUUGUUGGUCAUGCUUCCAAUUAUAUGCUUUGAUGAGAAGGAGUUAACAGCAACUUGUUCAUGGGAUAGUUCAUUACAUAAUCAAACGGCAUUAAACGUUCCGUCAACGUCAAAUGAACGAGUUUACGCAAUCAUAAAGGUUAGCGUGCGACUCUCCCAUCCCUGUUCCAUGGAAAUUGUACUUCGCAAACGGGUUUGCCUCAAUAUUUACAAGAAAGCUAGUCUCACGGAUCGUAUUCGAAGGCGAAUUGUUGGAUCAGACAUCCUUAACCGUACUUCCGUAUACUAUGAUGUCGUGGCUCAUCUACCCAAGGUACGUGGAACAAGUUCCUCUCAUGAUAUGGAAGAACGAUCCUCUUUGGCUCUAAUGGCGGCACGUCAUACAGCUUCUUCAGAAGAAGAACAGUGUGUGGUUAACGAAGAUGGUCAUCAGUCAAAUGGGCACCUAAGUUAUAUUGAAGCGUACACGAAGUCAAUACAAACGGUUGAGUCGUUGCUCAAACUAGAUCGUCUACGGCAGGAAGUUGCUAUCACUAACGUUCUAAGCAGGUGGACAUGUCUCUUAAAUAGUUUAUAUAUCUAG